GCGUACCGUUCGAACAUUGGCGAGUACACCGAGGUAACCCCGCGCCAUCACGAACCUCCCAAUACCGAACACUAUGCAGGUCAUUGUCUUGAUCGAACGCAUCGAAAUGAAGACAACGAUGAUGAUCGUUCGUCAGCUCGAAGGUUGCACCAGAAAAGUGUCCUGCCGAAAUAGUUCCUCCAGCUGUACUUAUCCCCAGGGCCGAGGUCCCUGGACGCCCACAUCGCUGUACUUGGACCGGCAGUGCAUUGUCACGACUGUCGUGGAUAGCUUAUUGGCGACAGUCAUGGUCUCCUUCUGGAUGGAGGGUGGUGCCAUGAUUAUUAUGAUUGUGGUCGCUAAAAAACUACCGCGGUGGCUAAUAGUUUUUGGUGGUGACCGGCUGGUUGUGAAUGAGUGAAUGAAUGGCCUAGCUAGAUCGAACUCCAGCUUUGCUAUUGGGCAUCUCAAUUACGUACGGCUCGAAUAUUGUAUUGCUCAUCAUUAAUUAAUUAAGUAGCGUAGGAUAAAUGUGCUUUUAUUUGGUUGUAGCUAUAUUAUCAUGCAUGCUUUAAUCAUUCCUCCAUGUAAUUUAUUAUUAGAAAGCUGAAUUUCCUUCGCGUAUAUAUGGAUUAUGUGUCAAAGCUCGUUCGAAGGAUAUGGAAAAUAAGAGACAAGCUCCAUUGCAUAUUAUAUAAAGUUCUUUUUUUUUCACUCUACACUUUGUGUGAGAAUUAAAAAUAUUUAUAUUCAAUUCUUUUAUGUUAAAUUGGUGGCUUCAAUUCUACCUAACCUGAGUAAAUUUAGGAUACUGCAUAUCCUUGGUAGAAAAUAUUAUCUAAUCUUGAAUUAAUCAGAUUUUGAAAU